ACAUGUUACUUCCUGUAUGGGAGAAUGGAAAACAGGCAGCCACGGUGCGAUCAACCAGGAGCCUCCCAGCCUGGACUAAAGACCCUCACCCUGGAAUAGGAGAAACCCCAGAUACCCCCAGAUUGGAGAGAAGACCUUCCCUAGCCUGGAUUUAAGGACCCCCUCCCUAUCCCCGACCUCCUAAACCCGGACUAGAGUUCCCUGCCUGUGAACUGAGAACAUCCUGUCUGGACUAGAGACCCUCCAACAAAACCUGGACUAAAGCCCCCCACCCCCCACUCACCCAGCCUGGAUUACAGACCCCAUAACUCCUACAUUUUGGACCAAGAACAUCCUUUCUGGACUAGAGAUUGAGAUUCCCUCCCCCAACACUGCCUGGGCUAACGACCUCUCCCACCCCCCUCUAGCCUGGAUUACAGACCCCCAGCCUGGACUAGCUGGAGCCAUCUGCAUGCAUGAGAUUCAGGGCUCUCUCCUUGUCCUCUUCUGGAUCUUCAACUUCCCAAAGCCUUCCCUGUAAGCAUUUCUCCAGUCCAGGAGCUCGUAUCCCUCCCUCCACCUCUGCCUUUCAUCCCUUGCUGUCUCUACUACUUCUUUGGGUUGUAGCCUUGGAGGUGAAGCAGUCAACAAGUUGCCCCCUGUCCUCAAUGUGCCUGGUGUCAUGCGGAGGCUACUGCAACCGUGUUGGUGGAUCGUGUUCCUGAAAGUCUCCGCUCCUGUGCUGCACUAUGUGCUCUGCUACCCCGCCUAUACGGAGGGUACCGUUGGACCUUUACACGACAACAAUCAUGGCAGCUCCGUACAACUUCGGAGGAGAAAGGCGGCGUCGGAACCAUACUGGUCUUAUUCAGGUAUUUACGGGCCUGAAUAUUGGGCAUCGUCCAGCGUAGAUUGCGGUGGGACGCACCAGUCCCCUAUUAAUAUUGACGAUUACAGCGCAAGGAUAAAGGAUGAGUUCCAGGAGCUGCAACUUGAGGGCUUUGAGAAUGAAUCUUCUAACAGAACCUGGAUGAAGAACACCGGGAAAACAGUUGCCAUUCUCCUUAAAGAUGAUUAUUUCAUCAGUGGCGGUGGCUUGCCGGGAAGAUUUAAGGCAGAGAAAGUGGAAUUCCAUUGGGGUCAGAGUAAUGCCUCGGCAGGCUCAGAACACAGCGUUAAUGGGAGAAGAUUCCCCGUCGAGAUGCAGAUAUACUUCUACAAUCCUGAUGACUUUGACAGUUUUGGAACAGCUAUUUCGGAGAAGAGGUUGAUAGCGGCGAUGUCGGUCUUCUUCCAGGCAACACAAAGGAACAACCCAGCUUUGGAUCCCAUCAUUCAUGGAUUGAAAGGAGUUGUCCACCAUGAAAAAGAAACCUUUUUGGACCCGUUUGUUCUGAGGGAUCUACUGCCGGCGUCACUCGGAAGUUUUUACCGCUACACGGGAUCCCUGACCACACCACCUUGUAGCGAGAUUGUGGAGUGGGUCGUGUUUAGUCGGCCCGUUCUCAUAUCCUAUCACCAGCUCGAAGCGUUCUAUUCCAUAUUUACGACGGAACAGCAGGACCACGUCAAAUCGGUGGAGUAUCUGAGGAACAACUUCCGACCGAAGCAGAGCCUGAACGAUCGGCUCGUCUUCAAAUCGGCGGUGAAAGACGCGUGGAACGAGGAUAUGUCCGACUACUUCGACAACUCGUUCGGCACAGAGGCCUCAAAAGUGUGCAGCACCCCUCCUGUAAGCAUGAAAGUACAACAAAUGAAUAAGACGGCGUUACUGGUCACGUGGAAUAAGCCGGAGACCAUAUACCACCCGCCGGUAAUUAACUACAUGGUGUCCUACAGCUGGACGAAGAACGACGACGAGAAAGAGAAGACUUUCAUAAAGGACAGCGACAAGGAGCUGAAAGCCAUUAUUAACCACGUUUCGCCCGACAUCCUGUAUCUGUUCCGAGUCCAAGCGGUUUGCCGAAACGACAUGCGCAGCGACUUCAGUCAGACGAUGCUAUUUCAAGAUAACACAACGCGGGUAUUUGAAGGAACCAGGAUUGUAAAAACAGGAGUGCCUACUGCUUCUCCAGCUUCUUCUGCCGAUAUGGCACCCAUCAGUUCUGGAUCUUCUACGUGGACUUCUUCUGGCAUUCCCUUUUCUUUUGUUUCCAUGGCUACUGGAAUGGGGCCUUCUUCCAGCGGGAGCCAGGCUACUGUGGCUUCUGUGGUUACCAGUACUCUGCUUGCAGGCCUCGGCUUUAGUGGUGGUGGUUUGCCUUCCUUUCCUAGCACGGUGUGGCCUACUCGACUUCCUGCUUCUUCAUCUCCUAGUAAACAGACGGUAAAAACUGUUGUUUCCGCCACAGAACCUUUACCGUCCGCAGGCUCCGACACCGACGCCUCUCCCACCAAAAACAACGAGGGGGCAGAGGAUGGAGAAAAAGAUGAAAAGGGUGAAGGGGAAGAUGGGGAACGAGACCCCGAUGACGAAGGAGAGAAGGAAACCGAAAAGAAGAAGACCUCGACUACGCAUUCCUCAGAGCCGCAAAACCAAACCGAAUCGACUCCGACAUCGGUUUCCGCCGACAACAUGGAAGAAGUUGGCGCAAAUGAAACUUUGUUGGGUCCGGAACAUAAACGAAAUACUUCUUUAUUAUUAGAAGAAGACAGUGAGGGGAAUACCACUGCACAAAAUGCAGUCCCAUUACAAACCGUAGUGCCGACCACAUACGUUGACUAUGAACUUGACCAAACCACAAAGACAUCAGGAUCGUCGGCUACAGAUGACCACUUAUAUGACGGAAAUUCGUCAGACGACAGAUUCAUCACAGUUAACCCAGCCCACCAUAACUCCAGCAUGGCAAGCCGACCGGGUCCCAACAAGAUGGAGUGGAUCAUACCACUGGUGGUGGUUUCGGCCUUAACGUUGUUGUGUCUGAUACUUCUGAUUGCUGUGCUGGUUUACUGGAGGAAGUGUUUCCAGACGGCUCACUUUUAUGUGGAAGACAGCAGCUCCCCUCGUGUCAUUCCCAAUGAGAAUAUCCCCUUCAUCCCCAUUCCAGAUGACAUGGACGCCAUCUCGGUGAAGCAAUUCAUCAAACAUAUAGGAGAGCUCUAUUCCAACAACCAACAUGGUUUCUCAGAAGAAUUUGAGGAAGUUCAGCGAUGUACGGCUGACAUGAGCAUCACCGCAGAACAUUCCAACCAUCCGGAUAACAAACACAAAAACCGAUACAUCAAUAUCGUGGCGUAUGACCACAGUAGGGUGAAGCUCCGACCCCUCCCCGGCAAAGAUUCCAAGCACAGCGAUUACAUUAACGGCAAUUAUGUUGAUGGUUACAACAAAGCAAAGGCCUACAUCGCUACCCAGGGACCUCUCAAGUCAACUUUUGAAGACUUCUGGAGGAUGAUUUGGGAGCAAAACACUGGAAUUAUUGUUAUGAUAACCAACCUCGUGGAAAAAGGGAGAAGAAAGUGUGAUCAGUACUGGCCGACGGAGAACUCGGAGGAAUACGGAAACAUUAUCGUCACUUUGAAAAGCACAAGAGUGUACGCCUGUUACACGGAACGGCACUUCACCAUCCGGAACGUCAAAAUGAAGAAGGGUCAAAAAGGAAACCCAAAGGGGCGUCACAACGAACGCUCGGUUAUCCAGUAUCACUACACGCAGUGGCCUGACAUGGGGGUCCCCGAAUACGCCUUACCAGUUCUGACAUUUGUACGGAGGUCGUCUGCUGCCCAGCUUCCAGAUAUGGGUCCGGUACUUGUCCACUGCAGCGCCGGCGUUGGCCGAACCGGGACAUAUAUUGUUAUCGACAGCAUGUUGCAGCAGAUCCAAGACAAAAGCACAGUGAAUGUCCUGGGUUUCCUGAAGCACAUCAGAACGCAGCGCAACUACCUCGUCCAGACAGAGGAACAGUACAUCUUUAUUCACGACGCCUUGUUGGAGGCCAUUCUUGGGAAAGAGACUGAAGUGUGUGCAAACCAGCUACACAGUUACGUGAACACAAUCCUGACACCUACGGCGGGAGGGAAGACGAGGCUGGAGAAGCAGUUCAGGUUGGUUACACAGUGUAACGCAAAAUACGUGGAGUGCUUCAGCGCCCAGAAGGACUGCAACAAGGAAAAGAAUCGAAACUCAUCCGUCGUACCAUCGGAACGAGCAAGAGUCGGUCUGGCACCGUUACCCGGGAUGAAAGGAACGGAUUAUAUUAAUGCCUCAUACAUCAUGGGUUAUAUCAGAAGCAAUGAGUUCAUUAUAACGCAGCACCCAAUGCCGCAUACAACUAAAGACUUCUGGCGGAUGAUCUGGGAUCAUAACGCGCAGAUUAUCGUCAUGCUGCCGGAUAAUCAGAGCUUGGCGGAAGAUGAAUUUGUUUAUUGGCCAAGUCGCGAAGAAUCUAUGAACUGUGAAACCUUCACCGUUACUCUUAUCAGCAAAGACAGGUUGUGUCUCUCUAAUGAAGAACAAAUUAUCAUCCAUGACUUUAUCCUUGAAGCAACACAGGAUGACUACGUCUUGGAAGUACGGCAUUUUCAGUGUCCAAAAUGGCCGAACCCGGACGUCCCGAUCAGCAGUGUUUUUGAACUGGUCAAUGUGAUAAAAGAAGAAGCGCUAACAAGAGACGGACCUACUAUUGUACACGAUGAGUUUGGCGCUGUCUCUGCGGGGACUCUCUGCGCUCUUUCUACGUUGUCCCAACAGUUGGAGAAUGAGAACGCGGUGGACGUCUAUCAGGUGGCCAAGAUGAUCAAUCUCAUGAGACCGGGUGUAUUCACAGAUAUUGAGCAGUACCAGUUCCUGUACAAGGCAAUGCUGAGCUUGGUGAGCAGUAAAGAGAAUGGAAGCGGCCCCUUGGCCCUGGACAGAAAUGGAGCUGUUUUGAUCAACGAUGAUUUGGACCCUUCACAAAGCAUGGAGUCCCUCGUGUAGACGGAAGAUAAAAGACACUACGUUUUUGUAAAACCUUUGACCUUCUGAAGACGGAGAGGACUUAUUGAGGCCUUUUUUUCCCUGCCAGACUAUAGGUCAUUCAAUUAACUCAAUUACUUUUCUACACUGAUAUUUUUGAUAUUUAUUUUUUGCCAUUUAAUGUCUUAACGGUGUCCUACUGAGCCGCCGGCCACUUCUGUUUUAUUUCACACGGAGAACCCGCAUCCCCCCCCCCAGCUUUGCACUAUUUGAUCAGUGUUACCGCCUGUCCCUUCUCUCUUACAACAUGACAUUCCAUACACAAUAUAUAUAGAACGUACUCCGUUUGGGUUAUUCUGCCUUUUUUUUAAAAAAAAUCAAAAAAGAUCUUUUUAUAAUGAACACAAAUCGUCAAAGGUUGCUUUUUUUUAGAUUUUCGAUAACCUUUUCAAAACUGUGAUUUUAUUGGGGUUUUUUUUUUUUUUUUGGAAAAAAUGGUUGAACAUUCAUUCCACCAACUAUUCUGCCCACUAAUAAUAAAAAUGCGCUUGGUCCAUGUUUUAAGAGCUGGCGAUUAUUAUCUUAUUUAGUACUUGCUAUCUCAAAACCACUUUCUAAGAAAGCUCGGCAUUCUAGAAGUGGAAAAUUCCAUUGGUUUCCACGGCGAUUGCUCCACCUUUAGAACAGCGUUUUCUGGGAUUUUCUUAUUAAAUGUUCAAUGUUUUAAUUAUGGUUACGACUUUAAACACUAGCAUGAAUUGAACUAAAUCGGGGGUCAAUGGUCUAGGACGGAUGGGUAGGUCCAUCAAUCCCGGACAGUAGGAACUCCAUGUUCUCGGUAACAUUGUAUCCAAAAGAGGCUCUUCUGUUGCGAAGGCUUAUAAAGUGCAGUAGGUGAGGUUAUCAAUUCCUAAGGUCUUUUUUUACAGACUUUCCACCCAAAAAAGAACUUUCCUUGAGUAUUUCGUUCGGUGGCUUCACGCACUAACUACGUACAAAUACUUCAACAAGAACGAUAACAAAACGUUAAUUCCCAUCGGAUUUUGAUCUGCUGCCGUUCUUACAAAGAAUGGCUAGAAUAUUCUUUUUAACAAACCAUUAGCCAUGUGAACCACAAAAUAUUUUUUAAAAAUGUACAUUUUUGUUGACACUCUCUGGCUUGGUAGGCUUUUUUAUAUAAAUAUGACCCUUGAUACAGCCACUGUAAAAAAAAAAAAAAAAAAAGUAGAUAAUAAGCAGGUAUUUGUCAAAAUAAUAAUAAUAAAAAAAGAUAAUCAUGGAGUCAUGUAAAUUAAAUUGAUAAAAAAAAUACCUAUAUUAAUUUUAUUUUUUCAAAAUGUUUUUCAAGCGACUCAUACUAAAAAUAAGUAAAUUACGUAUGACCCUUAUUUAUUAACUGGUGGUUUUUGUCCUAACAGUAAUUGAUACCAUUUUUUAAAUACUUUUCUAGUAAAUGUAAAUGUGUGAUUAUGGUUAAUGCGUUGUGUAUGUGGCUGAACCUAAUUUAUGAAAAAUAACUACAUUUUUAAAUGAAAGCUUUGGGUCCAAUACUGAGCUCACUGCGAAAAGGUCACGGAAAGAGCCUUGUCUCAUAAAUCUUACAAAACCCCUUUUUCACCUCCGACUAGACCCUUCUUAGACCUUCUGCAUAGUCUAAGACACAUAAAUAAUUGUUUUAUGGCUGACCCUCUGAGUCCUCGUAAUGAAGUGAUGUCUGAGACUUUUUCAAGCUUAAACCAGGGGGAAA